AUGUGCCGCACAUUUCACACGCACACAAAGCCAGCGGGGAGGGGGCGGCGCGGGGAAACGGCCACUACCGGUUGUUCCAGGGUUAGGGGUGGAGGCGAUGUUCGCGUCCCCGACCCGGCUGUUGGCGUCGCCGCCUCCGAGUCCCCGCCCGCCGCCCGGCCCGGCGCGGCGCGGGGAAUGGGGCGACCUCGCCGGGGCCGGGGCUCAGCCCCGCGGCGCUCGCGGACCCGGGACGAGGACACUCGGGACUCGGGCCCCCGGGCCUGGCGGGACCGGCGCUGGCAGCCUCGGCUAGGACUCUGGGGCCUGGUCGGCGCGUUGGGCGUGAACGAUCCGCCGCCGAACUCGAGCCAACUGUGGAUUCCACGCCGUGCGGACCGUCCGGGUCGUGUGGAGGCGGCGGCGCUCCUCACUCCUGCGGCCCCGGCCGGGCUUCACGUGCAAACGAGACGCUUCGACGCCGAGUUAUGCUCACAGAGUUUGUGUCUCAAACGGGGUCGGCGUGAGGCUGUGGCUGGAAGUUCCGGACGCGAGGGCCAGGGCCGGCCUCCGACGCCGCGAGGGGCGGAGACCGGCCGGGCGCGGGUGGAUACGCCGGGCGGCCGCGGGAGGCCGGGGCGGGCGGGGGCCCGGGUCCGCGCGCCCUGCCCCCACGGGCCUCCUAGGGGUGGUGGAAAUGUGGGCCGCCGAGAAGCGCGGCCCGGCUGUGCGGAUUCCCUGAGCGCCGCACUUGCGCACAGCCCCUUACGUAACUGUCAGCGCCGGGGAUUCCCUAGAGGGGGUCAUUCUCUUCAACCAUUACACACACCCCGGGCUGCCGCCGCCGCCUCACAAAAUGGCGGCGCCCAUGGAGGAAACAGCGGCCGCCUCCUCGGCCCCAUUUUGUGGGAGAUUCUUACUACCUCCAAGAAUUCUUUUGACCAUCACCUUUACCUGAGUCUGUGGAACCAUAAGCAUUUGGAAGAGAGGAACCACAGUAAACAUCACUUUGGAGUACUCAGGAAGAAAGACAAUGUUGAAGCAAUUUUCCGCCCUGUACCUGACCGCGUUUCUUCAAGGAAAGCGUUACCGCCUUUUCUUUCUAACACGGUUGGGCCUGCACCGCUCUGGGGCACAUGGAGUUGCAGAGCUUGUGUGGAGUUCCUGCCAUUGCCAUGGGCCUCGACGCCCACCAACCCCACUGGCUGGGUUCAGGGAGACCAUAAUUGUCUUAAUGAUGGAAGAAAAGGAGAAGAAUAUAGCAGCCAGAGUGGCCAAGAGUUGAAUGGCAAUUUUUCCACUUAUAAGUUGAUGUCAAUCUGAAUAAUGGAGUUAUACUUUACCCAAGGACUGAGUUAUAAAUGUGGCUCAUGAGAUAGAGAAACUGAGAUACUGAGAAGAUGAAUGAUGUGGCCUGGUCCUACAGCUGUUAAAAGCAGAUUGCAACACUGCAGCAGAGAAUCUGUGGUUGAGACUGCUGGAUUCCUUUAACUGGCAGGCUCUGCAAAACAGUGGGAGGAGUCUGGCCUCUAUGUUCAAAUACCAGCUUGCCACUGACAUGGGUGACUGACAAGAAGUUAUCAAAAUGUUCAGUGUUAAUCUCAUUGGUGAGCUGGGAAGAAAAAUAAUCUCAAAGAAUGGUCUAGAAACUAAGUCACAUAAAGUUAAUUCCUUUCCAUAGACUGUUGUCCAGUAGUCUCUCUGCACUAGUCUCACUCCAGUUUCAUCUUUUGCUAAGACCUCAGAGCAAUAAUUCCAUAUGCAUCUCUCUACCAGAAGUGACAUUCCUGUUUCUUCUUGGUGAUAUAUCCACUUUCUGAGCCCACUUCAAAAUCCAAUUCACCUUUUGAGAUAAAAUUUCCUAUAUGCUCAUUUCUGAUUCUUCAGCAUUUCAUUAUAAACAAUCAAUUGUGAUUGAUAGUACCUGAUUUUGUAGAUAGUUUCCAGUUGAUAACAGAAUAGAUCACAAUCCGUGAAGGUGGUUCCUUUGCUUCGUAUGCUGCAAAGUGCCUUGUACAAAGUGGA